AUGGAGCGACGUGAGAGAGAGAGCAAAAGCGAGAGAAAAACGAGAGAGAAAAAGCGAAGAGAGCAAAAGCGAGAGAGCGAGAGAAAAAGCGAGAGAGCAAAAGCGAGAGAACGAGGGAGAAAAAGCGAAAGCGUGAAAAAGCGAGAGCAAGAGAGCGAAAAUGAGAGAGAAAAAGCGAGCAAGACAGAAAAAACGAGCGAGAGAGAGAGAAAAGAGCAAGAGAGAGAAAAAAGCGAGCAAUACAGAGAAAAAAGCGAGCGAGACAGACAGAAA